AUGGAUCUAAAUAAGAAGCGAACCAAAACCUUGAAGGGGAAACCGAGGUUUUCAGAUUUCAAUUUAGUACCGGAUGAUUGGGGAGCUGAUGUUCAUCCAUGGUUGAGUGUUCUCGCCAAAGCGUAUCCAUUCCUGGAGGAGCUGCGACUGAAGAGAAUGACAGUUUGCUACUCAUUGCAGAUAUUUGAGUUGAGUUCAACAGAAGGGCCAGAAGUUGGUCUUUAUCUAUUCAGAAGAGUAGCUCAUUCCAAAAUUCUUGUAUGUGGAGGAGAUGGGACAGCAGGGUGGGUAUUGGAUGCAAUUGAGAAGCAAAGUUACGUUUCACCCCCUCCUAUAGCCAUUCUACCUGUUGGAACUGGGAGUGACUUGGCUAGGGUUUUGAAUUGGGGUGGUGGUUUGGGGUCUGUAGAGAAACAAGGAGGACUUUGUAUGAUGUUGCAACACAUGGAGCAUGCUGCAGUUACUGUUCUUGAUAGGUGGAAGAUUUCUAUUGCUAAUCAUAGGGGUCGACCUCUUCGUGCCCCAAAAUUUAUGAAUAAUUAUCUUGGUUAUUGUGAAAAUUGUUCCUGUAAAACGUGGUCACAAGCUGAGAAUCACAUGGCCAAUGACACAUGGCAUUGA